GAGUCGCAUCAUCAGUUCCCGUGAAUUCUGGGUGAUUAUAAUUGCACAGACGGUGAUGCAUUGCAAGUAUUGAUGUGUAACAGUUACAAAGAAUAUCUAAACAAAAAAAAACAAAAAACGUUUUUAACUACUAAUAUAGAAAGAUGCCAGUAGAUAUCACACCAAAGUGAGUUUAGCUGUACAGUGGACGUAGGGAGAAGUUUGCUGACAAACAAAUUACCGCUACACAAACUCCAAGUUUGGCAGAAGAAAAAAAAAACCUGGAAACAGAAGUUCCUGAACAUUCUAGAAUAUUCCAGCAAGUUCCAGUACUUCCCUGCAAAACCUCAGGCAGACGCUUAAACUCAGCUCUGGAUACUGACUGAAGUAAACUGAAGCCUCAUUCAACACUGAACUUGAAUACCGGAAGCAGUUUUAUCAGACAGGAUGGUUUCAAAAAGCAAUUUUGCCCCUGUGUGGGUGGAGACUGACUACCCUGACCAGGUGAUAGGCGUUGGAGAAGUAACACUUGGGGAGCACUGCAGGAAGAAAAUGUCAGAUGCAAGCAAAAGAAAAGCUGAAAAAAACACACUUGUGCAAGUUGCAUGUGCUUUGCUAAACUCAGGUGGAGGAAUUAUAGUUGCAAUGAGUAAAAAUAAAGAUUACAAUUAUACAAAGGAUGGAAUAGGUCAAGAUCUAGAACAAGGAUUUGGAGACCUUGUUAAGCCCUCCUUAAUACAGGACCACUUUUCCUAUUUGCAGCAGGGAAUUUGUCUCUUAAUCUUUGUGAAAACCUGGUGCGCUGGACUUGCUAAUAAUGAAAGCACCAAAGCAAGGAUCUGCAGUGCAGAAUCUCACCUUUACAAAAGGAGUGGAACUUCAGCAAUACAGAUAGCACCCACUGAGGCUGCAGAACUGCAGAAGAAAAAAAAGGAGACAAAGAAAAAUAGAGACAGGCAGGAGGAACCUCCUGCAAAAAGGCCACACCUUUCCAGCUCCAAUCAGAAUACUGAAAUACCAAAUCCAGUAAAAUUGUUUUGCAGUAAGGAAUAUGUUAGGCUUGGGGAAACUUUAGGUUUUGGUGAAGAUAUGCAUGUAGAAUUGAAAAGUUAUGAAGGAAAGUCAUUUAGGAACAGGCUUUCAGAGAACCUGCCCAAAUAUAUAUCAGCAUUUGCAAAUACAGAUGGAGGCUUUUUACUUAUUGGCGUAAACGAUCAAACAAAGAAGGUAGUGGGAUGUGGCAAAGAUGAAAACCCAAAUGACAUUCAAAAUGAAGUGGACAAGGCAUUCCAAAAAGUGAUCCAUGUUCACUCUGCUCACUGUGAAAAACAGGAGAAUUGUAAAUAUACCCUUAAAGUCAUAAACGUUUCAGGUGAAUCUGAUGCUCAUUGUGGCUAUGUACUAGCUCUAGAGAUAGAGAAAUUCUGUUGUGUGGUUUUCUCUGAAAAUCCGGAUUCCUGGAAGAUGGAUGGAAAAAAGAUAAAGAGCUUGGAAGCUAGAGAAUGGUUACAAAUGAUGACCGGUACUGAUCCAGUGAUUGAUCAGCUUUGUCAGGGUUUUGAAAAGGAGCUGAGCAUGCCUGCUGCACCACCCCAAUGUAAACCAGUGUAUGGAUUGAAAGGAAGUGCCAGAUUGGAUGCCCUGCAGAAUACACUGUUCCCAGUACAAACUGCUGGUAUAAAUGGUCGACCAGAGACUCUUUGCACAGAAAUGUUUGCAAAGUAUCCAAACCUCGAAAACAUCAUGAAGCCAGAAGGAGACAGAGGCGUCCUGAUCAUGUCCCGUAGCUGGGCAGUCGACCUUGACCAGGAGAAGAAUGAUGAAGUUGUGUUUGAUGCCUUACUGAUCUCUGAAAAUAGUCCCCCAACCCUGUACACAGUCGUACAGGAAGGCAAACCAGAUUUGUGGAAGCAUGCCAGAUUAACAGCUUUUCAGUUGAAGCAGAACCUUGUGAAUCUUGGAGGAUAUACAGGAAUGAUCUGUAUCAUACCAAAAGUCCUUGAGUGUCACUCGGGAGCUUUAAUUCCGAGGGAAAUUCGGUACUCUGAUUUCAAUUUAGAUGUUUGUUACCCAGAUAGUUAUGGUUCUCCAGAUAUUGAAGCCUUGCUCCGUUCCUUGGUGAUUGUUUUGUUGAGUUUCAGAUCCUGUCUGAGUGACCAGCUUGGUUGUGAGUUCCUGAAUCUGCUCACAGCAGAGCAGUUUGAUAUUCUUCAUUCAAAGUACUACUUUGAAGAUUUCAGAAAAGUGUUUGUUCAUGGUUUACCUGGAACUGGGAAGACAGUUAUAGCAGCACAGCUCAUGAGGAAAAUCAAGAUCACACUGCACUGCAAAACUGAAGAGAUACUUUAUAUAUGUGAGAAUAAGCCUCUAAGACAUUUCAUGGAAAAACAGGACAUCAGUAAUUGUGUAACGAGGUUGAAUUUUAUGAGAAACGACUUCCCUGAAGUGAAACACAUUGUCGUGGAUGAAGCCCAGAAUUUCCGAAUAGAGGAUGGGGACUGGUACCAGAAAGCGGAAAGCAUCACAAAGAACUGUGACGGAGUGUUGUGGAUCUUCCAAGACGAAUUCCAGACAAAUCACACUUUUAAAAAUGGACUGCCCCCUAUUACUUGCCAAGAUCCUAAAGUGUAUCUCACUGUGGGUGUCCGCAAUGGCAAUAGCAUAUACAAAUUGAUCUUCAAUCUGAUGAAAAUAAUAAAAGAUGGUUGCUUUGCCAAAUUAAAGGGAGUCGACAUGCAGAACCAUUUAAAUAAAAUGUGUGAUAAGGCUAAGAGUGCCCACUCAUUUGAAGGUAUAAUUGAAAGUCAGACCAAUAAAAGCCAAACUGAAAUCGUUGAUUAUGUGAUUACGACCAUCUUAAAACUUUUAAUGCAAGGUAUCUGUCCUAAAGACAUUGCUAUCCUCUGUCGUACAGAAGCAGAUCAGAAGAAUUACCAUUCAUGUGUACUUAGAAGGCUGAUGAAAAGAAGAGAGAAGCUGAAUUUUGUCUCAGCAACUGAUGUUGAUAAAAACAGCAUUGUUUUUGACAGCAUACGCAGGUUCUCAGGCCUUGAAAGAAACAUAGUGUUUGUUAUCGACCCAGUUAGUCACGUGAACCAGCGGGAGAUAAGCAAACACCUGUUGCUUUCUGCUGCUUCUCGGGCACGUACACGGCUAUAUGUGUUUUAUGAAAAGAAGUAGAUCUACAUGUAGACAGUGUCAUUUGGACUUGAGUGGAUAGUCAAUCAAAACUGUCUUGCUCGUGCUAUAAGCAGGAAAUGGGAAUGGGUAUAUAGAGCGUAGGGUUGUGAUAUAAGAGUCAGAGAGAGAGUUUUUUCAAAAGCAGUUCCCUAUCAAGUACAAAAUGUAACCAUUACCUAAUGGGUAUUUAUCUCCGAAAGAUAUAUUUAUCUGAACAAUAUAUUAAAGCUGCUCAUCAGAGCCUGUGACGCAGUCAUGCCUGCUCCCGAGGGCAUAUAGGGACUGCACACACAGAUCUCAUCACCAUUUUUCCUUUCACCCGGGAGAGCCACAGACAGAUAAUUGUCGGGCACUGUACGUGUACUAAACCGACCAGUUCAUCUCGGUUCAAACUACUGUACCAAAGGUACUGUACCAUAACAAACCGACGCUAAGGCACCAAACCAGUACUAAACCUCAGCAUGGUUAAUUACCAUUCCGACUACUCGGUUCAGAUAGUGGUACUCGCCCUGGUAUAAUAUUUUACAGUACUGUAUACUGUGUCUGUCCUGUUACAUUACUGUGCAGCGGUGUUGCAGCUUGCACAGACUGAAACAGCAGUUUUUUGUUACAGUAAUGUAUACUGCACCAGCCCUGUUACAGCACUGUGUACAGGCACUGCAGCUUGAGCAGACUAAGGCACCGAGUUGCUGCUUGCAUUAUGCCAGGGUUUUACCCAUGUGACUUAUGCAAGGCCAGUAAGCACAGACUUAAGAGAUGGGUGAUCCGGAGUCCCCUGGAGGUAGAUUCAGACAGUGCAGUACCUGUGAUUAAUCUCUCCCUGUCGGCAGAGCUUCUGCCGUUGAUUAAAAGGGCCACAGAGAAACUCGGCUUGGCUGAAUUUCCUCCUGUAGAUGCUGCUAUUGCUUCUCUGGUGCAGUCACCUCAACUAGCGCUUCUUACUCAGCCAGUGCGUUCAUCGCACAGCUGGGAAAUUACAACAGUAUUCUGGUAGCCUACCAGGCCUGUUUAUUGAAGUCUCUCUCUCAGAUUUGCAGACCCACAUCCCAGCAGCUGGAGGAGCUGCAGUUGGUGAACAAAAACCUGCUCCAUAUCUCCAAACUAAAUGGGCAGGCUGUGGGCAGGAACCUUGCUGCUCUGGUAGCCGCAAGACAAGAGCUUUGGCUUUCACAGGAACGAGUGGCUGAUGGGGAUAAAGCACUGCUGUUAGAUGCCACCAUUACACCGGGGCAUACUUUUGGUCCUGCUGUGGAUGAGAUGCUGCAGCGUGCUCACUACGCACUGGAGUCCACAAAGGAGCUGGUCUGCUUCCCAAGCGGUCACCCCCAGUAUGCAAACCAGCGGCAAACUGCUGGCCAAGGCUCCAGCAGCCUAACAGACUGGCACAACCAGCUGUUACUACAGCCUCUCUUCUGGGGCGUGACUACAAGAUUAAUCAUGAACCCACAAGAUGCUGUGGUAUAGUCACAGGAGGUGGGAGCCCUGCUACAAAAGCGGGCUAUUUGCAUGGUAUACCCUUUCCACUUGAAGGAAGUGUUCUAUUCCAGGUGCCCAAGCGGGAUGGUGGCCUCAGAACAAUCCUCGACCUCAGACAGGUUAAGCCAUCUUGGUCUAUCGAAGAGGGUCAUUUACACCCUGCAAAAUACCAGAGCAGCGUCCACGCAUUCCCAGUACAGGUACAAGUGGGGCGUCUUUCAGACGUGGUGCCUGCCUGUGGGUUUUGACCACAUGACCUGUCCCAUGGCGGUUCUACUGCAAUUUUUGCAGGACCUGUUUGACGAGAGGAAAUCCCCCUCCACAUUAAAGGUCUGCUUGGCAGCUAUCUCAGCCUGCCAUGUCAAAAUUGACUCACUUCCUGGUGGGGCAGUUAUUGAAAGGAAGGAUAUUGUUCCUCGCUGGAGUCUUAACGUGGCGCUUGAGGCACUCAUGAAGCCUCCAUUUGAGCCCUUGCAUUCAGCUGAGGUGAAAUUUUUAUCGCUCAAAGUAGCUUUCUUGCUUGUAAUCGCGUCUGCUAAGCAGGUGAGUGAGAUGCAAGCAUUUUUGAUUGCGAAAAACUAUGUCGGCAUUCCACAUCAACCAGUCUGUGGAACUGGAGGCUUUCCAUCCACUUCCUUUCCAGUCUGACAGGGAGCGACAGCUCCAUAUGCUCUGCUCUGUGUGGCCAUGAGCGUAUUAUAUGGACAGAACACAGGAGGCAGUCUGAACAGUUUUUUGUUUGUUAUGGAGCGAAGUCCCAUAGUAAAGCCCUAGUAAAGUAAAGCCCUGUCUAAGCUUUACUAUGCUCACAGUCAAGCCUAUGAGCAAGUUAACAUGCCCACUCCAGAAAAGCUCACUACCCAUUCCGCCAGGGGCAGGGCAACUUUGUGGGCUUUGUUCCAGGGUGCAUCUGUCACAGACAUUUGCAAUACUCCCCAUACUUUUACCAGGUUCUAUAGACUGAAUAUCACAAAAUCCUGGCUUUGGAAUUAGAGUGUUAAGGGCGGCUUCAGGGUCGACCCUUAUAUCAUAAACAUAGAAGUGAGUUCUCCCUCAGUUUUUUUAGCCCUACUUGUUACUGUGGUUCCUAAUGUUAAUGCUCAAAGGUAGCCUUUGGCUUAGCCUUGUAGCAUUCAAAUCAUUCUGCACAAUUGCCUUGCUACAGCUUUGGUAAUGGUUAUAUUUAGGUAAGGUUACAUUUCGUACUUGAUAGGGAAUGUUAAGUUAUUAACAUAACCUUGGUUCUCUGAAAUAGAAAUUUCACCAUUAACCUUCAAGGCCGCUGUGUUCAUGAUUGCAGCAGGCUUGAAGGAAAAAGAGAUCCCAAUAUGCGCUGGAGGGGGGGGGGGGGGGUCCAUUUAGUUAGUUAGUUAAAAGACAAUUUGGGUUUAAUAUUAAUUACUGGAGCAGGAAGACAGAUUGUAAGGGGAAAUCUUUAAAGUGCACCAAAUGGCAAUUUAAAAGGGGCCUGUGAUGGUGUGCCCACCCCUUGUGUAUUUAUGUAUUAUGUUAAUUUGUGUUGUCGUUAUUAUUAUUAUUAUAUUAUAUUGUAUUUGUGUGCGGGCAGAUGAAAGCCAUCCAUCAUUUUUAUGUAUUAUUUGAGACCGGCUAAAAGCCAGUCUUAUAAUGUGUAAUCAGUGUGGAUGGGGUUAAAUCUCCAUCCCUAAAUCUCGUGGGAAUGUGGCUGGAGCCUUAAUAAGGUAAUUAUUUGAUUAACAGACAAAGCUCCAGCCACAGAGAAUAAAAGGACCCACUCCGGGCUCGUUGACGGAGAGUGUUAGAGGCAGAAAGAGAGAAACAAUUGCUAUGUUAGAUAUGAAUAUACUUUUUCAUUUUACGUGCUGUGUUUAUUUGUUUUGGCUCUUGAGCCGUUUGUUUUGCAUAUUUAAAAGGCUAUUUUGUUACUUUUAUAUUAAUAAAUAUACGGCUGUGAAUGUUUCAGUCUGUGCCUUCUGUUGUCUGUGUACUGCUUCUGUGGUCUGACGUCACCCCUACAGCCAUCUUUACCACAGGGACCCUGUGCUUUUGUCAGAGGUAACACUUUGGGGGCUAAAACCUUCAAAAGCUCAAACAAUCUCCUUCCUUCCUUAUCUUUAUAACAUCAGGGUUUCCUGAGUGGAACAUCAAACAGGCUUUGAUGUUACAAUCCCUUAAGGUACUAAAACGAAAGUGGACCCACGUGGUCAAUGAUAUUCUGAUUGGUUAAGGAAUAAGGGGUGAUGUCUAAGAGAAUCUGUAUUAAAUCCCAACAUUGUGUUGUCUUUUGUUGAUUCUGUUAUGACCUAUGCUUAUGAAAAUGGAAUACCCAACUGCUGUACUGAAUUGAAUAAAACAUCUUUGUUGAAA